ACGUACACCUAAUUUACAUUGGUGAUGGCGCUUGAUGGCGCUGACGCCGGCAAAAUACUAGUACUAAGACAGGUCUUCCCGUUCGUACUUUUGUUACCUCAGUAGUAUUUGGUUAGCCGCUGAGUCAGGUUGUCCGACAUCUUUUAAAAAAUUCAAUCAUGAUGGAUCAGAAAUAUGCAUUGGUAGCAGUACCACCAGAAUCUAAGGAAACAAGGAUUAUUGAGACUGAAAAAAUUUAUAAUUUUGAUAAAUAUAAUUUUACAACGAGAUCAAAAGUCUAUCGCUAUCAAGGUGAUAAUGGUAAUAAAGUCAAAUGUGCAAUAAUAAAGGUGGGAGCAACUGUAGAAGGAUUAAUAUACAUAUCAAGUCGCCUUCCACGUCCAAAAAUCACAAAUCAGUCAUCUUUAGGAUCUUCAGAUGAAGAAAAUGAAUCGGCAAUUGCGAAAGCUAAAAAAUAUAGAAAGGGAAAAAAAAAAAAUAGUAAUUCAGCAAAAAAAAGGAGGAUAGAUGAUAUUGUUAAUAAAUUUAACGCAUCCGAGGGAACUGUUGAAAAGAUUGCGAAUAAGAACCGGCGUAAUAAUUACAUUUCAAGUAAUGAUGAAUCUGAAUCUGAAAAAGAAAAAGAAAAAGAAGAAAAAGAUAAAGAAGAAGAAGACGAAGAAGAAGAAAAUGAAGAAAAUGAUGAAAGAUAUGACAAUUGCCUCAAGGACGAUUAUUUAACAGGAGAAUCAGAUAUAUUUGACGGAGAAAAAGAUGAACAAGUUCGGGGAGAACAAACUGAUCAUACAGCAAAAGAAAAUGAAAUUGAAAUGAACGCAUUUAAACGUAUUAUUCCUGAAUCUGAUAAGGAAGAUGAUAUACCAAGAAAUUUAGAUAAAGAUUUAAUAGAAGAAGACUUAGAUGAAACAUACGAUGAUGAAUUUGAACGAGCAAACGAUUUGGAAAACUAUCCAGAGAGAGAAACUGAAAAUAUUACAAAACGACCUAAUUUCGAUCCUUUCUUCAGUGCUACAACAGUGACUAAGUUACCAGCCGUAAAUUCAAUGGGUCGAUUACCACAAAUUCAACCUGGAUCGAGCAGAGUUAUUCAGUCAACUAAUGUAAAAAAACGAGAAAUAACAUCCACAGCAAAACCAACAAAUGCAUCAAGAAGAAUUCAAUUAAGAUCUAACAAUGGGACAAGUGAAAAAACUCAAAGUGGAGCGUACUUAAAUUUGGUAGAACAAUGCAAGCAACAGGAAUUGGAAAUAAAAAAAUGGAAACAACGUGCACUACUGGCAGAAGCUGCUUACCAAGCUCAACUAAAUAAACGUGACAGGCCGAGUCACUAGCCACAGCCCCGUCAGUCC